AUGACAAUCCCCAACCAGCAGUCCAACAUGAAAAGAACAUCGCUUUCCGAUAAUGACCAGGCAGUCACCGACCUUCGAAGGCUGAUCAUUGAUUGUUGUCGACAGAACGGCGGCGGCCAUGGCGGAUCAGCUAUUGGAAUGGUCCCGCUUGCAGUGGCGCUCUGGAGACAUACAAUGCGAUUCAACCCUCGCAACCCCGAAUGGUUUGAUCGAGACCGGUUUGUUCUCUCCAAUGGCCAUGCUGCGAUCUUGCUCUAUAUCAUGCUUCAUGCCGCGGGUUACCCCGAAAUGACCAUGGACGAACUAAGAAAAUACGCCAGCCCCAAAACACCAGACCGCAACGGCCAAUGGGAAGCAACGCUGUGCCAUGGCCAUCCGGAGAUCGAAGUGCCAGGAGUAGAGGUCACAACUGGUCCGUUGGGCCAGGGCAUCGCCAAUGCAGUAGGGCUAGCUAUUGCUUCAAAGCACCUGGCGGCCGUUUUCAAUAAACCCGGACAUCGGGUUAUCUCUUCGAAGAUAUACUGCACCACUGGGGACGGCUGUCUUCAAGAGGGUGUGGCCCAGGAGGCAAUGGCAAUUGCCGGCCAUCUGGGCCUUGACAACUUGAUUCUCUGCUACGAUAACAACCAAGUGACCUGCGACGGCCCCUUAUCGUGGAUUGUUUCCGAAGACACAAAUUCCAAAAUGCGUGCUUUGGGGUGGAACGUUCUUGAUGUCUGGGACGGCGAUGAUUCAGUCGAAGAGAUCCUAGCUGCCUUGCGACUGGCCCAGAUGAGCACCUCCAAGAAACCAACCUUCAUCAACAUUCGAACCACGAUCGGGUACGGCACCUCCAGAGCUGGGACUUUCAGAUCUCACCACGGGACAUACACCGAUGAGGAUGCGGCUCGAUUUACCAAUGGCGAUGGAGACUCCGUCUCCCAUUGCUUAUCCCAGCAAACAAGGGACUUCUUCUUACCACUGAUCGAACAAGGCAAUGUCUUAGAAUCAGGGUGGAACGAGUUAGUUUCCACGUAUGCGGAGUCCUUUCCGCAAGACGCACAACAUCUUCGUUCUCGUAUUUCCGGGCAGCUAGAUGUCCAAGACCUGUUGAAGACGAUGAACCCAAAUGUCGGAGACCCAUUGGCUACACGACAAUGGAACGGGGCCGUGUUCAACACACUGAUGGACAACGUUUCCAGCAUGGUGGCCGGCGGGGCAGAUCUAUGGAAUUCCAACCAGAUGGGCGACCAGUCCAGCCGCAUACUUGGACGAGAUCACUACGCGGGCCGUGUAGUUCGGUACGGCAUUCGCGAGCACGCCAUGGCAGCAAUAUCAAAUGGCAUUGCAGCGUUUCACCCGGGAAGCUUCAUCCCAGUGACAGCCACCUUCCUCAUGUUUUACCUGUACGCAGCACCCGGCGUGCGCAUGGGCGCCCUUAGCCACCUGAGGGUCAUUCACGUUGCGACACACGACUCGAUCGGGGAAGGGCAAAAUGGACCAACACAUCAACCCGUGGAGGUUGAUUCGUUGUUUCGUGCCAUGCCCAACUUGCUUUAUAUUCGUCCGGCCGAUGAGGAGGAGGUCAUAGGUGCCUGGAUGUGCGCUCUGGGUAAUGAAAACAAGAACGUUCCCAGCAUUAUUUCUCUCGCGCGAGAUCCGCCCAGCGUGAGAAUCCCAACUACCAGUCGGGACUCCGUAGCCCUCGGAGGGUACGUGGUUUUGGAAUUAGACAAUGCCUUGGUCACGCUUGUGUCGUGUGGUUCAGAGCUUCAGUGCGCCGUUAUGGCGGCGAGAAAACUGGCAGGCGAGCUAGGAAUCCCGACACGAGUGGUCAGCAUGCCAUGUAUCAGUCUGUUUGAGAAGCAAGCCGAGACAUAUCAGAAGGCGGUUCUGUCGGAUAGUCCGCAUAUUGUGUCCGUGGAGGCAUACGUAUCCACAAUCUGGGCGAGGCUUUGUACAGCCUCGAUCUCCAUGGAUUCUUUCGGCUAUUCAGGGGCUGGGUCGGCCAAUUUCCGACGCUUUGGCUUGGACGGUGAUAGUAUUGCUCGGAAGAUACAGCGACAUGUUCAAAGCACCCAUGUCACUGCGAAAAGAUGGGUGCGACUAGAAUAA